AUGAAACGCAAAAAUGAAUGCUCAAAUUACAAAAGCAAAAAAGUUUGUUUGGAGUCACGAGAUUUUGACAAGAAUGCUAAAAGUAUCUUUGAGUGCCUCCCAGUUGAAAUCAUCGGAAUGAUUAUUCAGAAUCCAAUCUUAUCCAUCAAGGAUAAGAUCAGUCUACGAUCGACGAAUACAACCAUGAAAUUACUCGUUGAUGAUCGUCAAAGACUAGAAUUCAUAAACUGGCAAAAAAAGAAUGGGAACAAAAAGUUGGUUGGCAUUCAACACUUCAUAAGUAAUGAAUUUGCCCCACCAAUUCUUAGUACGUUAAUGAAUGAAUUUGAAAAUGACGUGCAACUGUCACAAAAUGAUGUCGAUUCUCACAAAAUUCUUUAUGGAAGAGAAGCACUUUUGAAAGAGUUUUACAAGCAAGCUCAAAGUUACUUUUCAAAUAAUUUGAUGAAACUUUUUUUCACCCUGUCAAUUUUCGAUGCAAUCAAAAUUCUAAGCAGUGAUGGACUUUGUGAAGACAGUCAAUUCCAUUCAAACCUUAUAUUUUCUAAUGGUGAAAUGAACGAAGCAAAAUUGAGAAUAAACUUAACUCUAAACAGAUUAUAUUUCGGGAUCAUUUGGUCUGACAAAAGUAUUGAUUCGUUCGAUUUUGAAAAAGAUUGUGCUAAUUUUCUGAUAUUGCUACAAAGAAUGUUGCAAAUGAGAAGAAUCAGCGAUGAACAAAUCCACAAUGAAGGAGCUUCAAAUAUAAGUAAAGGCAGAACGACAAACAGUUUAAUAAAUUAUUUGAACCCCUUGGACUUCGGCAACAAGCUUGUCAAAAUUGGGAAUAUUGUAAGCUUUACUAACCGCAUGCCAAAGAAGUUUCCUGAAAUAUUACUGUCCAUUGAAAUAACUGGUGAAGAAGCGACAAUUGAAAGUUUAAAAGAAUAUGCAAAUAAUGAUUCUUUCGAUUGGAAGGAAUUUAACUAUACCGAUGAAAAUUUGGUGAAAGUUCGUUUAAAGUUUGUGUCAAAAGAAGCUCGAAAAUUAGGAUGUAGUCCUCAUUAUUAUCUAAAUUAUUAG